AGUUUCUCUGAAAAAUGUUUAAUGUGAUGAAAAAAAAAAGAGGUUUAGCUUGGGCGAGAAGAAAUAUAGAGCUGUAGAGAUAUAUAUAUAUAUAUAUAUAUACUGAAUGAUUAUUAAAUGACAUAAACGGAGGCAGUGCAAACACAAUGGAUUGUUUGCAUAUUAUCCGCGAAGUUUAAAUUCGUUUUACUCCGCUGUUUUAGGUUCUAAAGUCGAACUGAAGAGCAGCCCCUGAACCCACAAUCACAUCGAGCACAGGCUGUUGUAACUGCAAUAAGAUGCUCUUAAAAUCGCCUCACACAAAGGUGCAGCAUUUUGCUAGUGAACUUUGAACAGGCAGACAGAAAAAAACACAUUCUCCAGCCCCUAAUAUGGCGAAUAACCAGGAUCGAUCCAGGCGCCCCCCGAAAAUGUACUUGGUAAUGACGGACUACAAGGCGAAUGACCAGCUGGAAGGCUCCAUUCGCAUCCUGCAAGGGAGUCUAUGUCAGAGGCAGGAAGAGGCGUUAGAAAUGCGCCCUCAAGUGGUGGCAGCUCAGAAACGCAACCGGUCUGAACAGGUGUGGGUUAAGGUGCUGGACUCAGGCCAUGUAUUAAAGGUUGGGAAAGGCGCUCUGACAGAGAUCAGUGAGGACCUGGCUUCCCUUCUACAGCCAGUGACCGACCUCCAGGAGAGGCUGGCUCUGUCCAGCAACCCCGCCCGCCUGCUGCGAUUGGGCAACCUGCACCUGGGGGCGGGGCUUCGGGUUCAGCUCCACCAAUCAAGGGAGAAGGCCCCGGGGGUGCUGCGAUACGUGGGUGCACUGCCAGGGGGCAUCAGUGGGGUUCAUUUUGGAGUGGAGCUACAGGGCUGGGCUGUAGGUCACGGUUUCAGUAAUGGCUCCUAUAAGGGGCACCAGCUGUUCCAGUGCCCGGAGAAUGGGGGCGUGUUCGUCCCGGUGAGCCGGCUGGAGCGGAGUUGGGGGGAGGGGGAGGUCCUGUCCCGAGGAGCAGACUGCCCCAUCACGCCCGGCAACCGGGUCUGCUUCCACAUGGAGAACACGGAGCAGCACGGAAACGUGGCUUUCUGUGGAGUCCUGCCCAGCAAGGAGGAGCUGGGGUUCUUUGUGGGAAUCAGACUGGAUAAUGCAGUCGGCUCUUGGGAUGGUAAUUUCAAAGGGACCCAGUUGUGUAAUUUUCCAUCGCCCGAGUACGGAAUUCUUCUACCCAUCAGUAAAGUUUUUAAAGCUACUUCUGAGAGAUGCCAGAACACCCGCCUGCAGAGAAAAUCACACAGAGACCACAGUCCUGAGACCGAGUCUGGAAAUUCAAAGUGGUACAUCAGCAAGAAAGAGCAUCUGACUAAGAAGGACGCUUCAGAAAGGACAGGUAGAAGUGGGGACUACUCAGGUCCUUCAGAGGACCCCUCUAGAGUUCCCAGAACAGUGCCUGUGCGUCACCACCUCCCAGAACCCCUGCGAUUGGAUGAAAACACACAGGCUCCUCCCCCAGUUCCUCAGACCAGCCAGUCCUCUCCUUCCCACACUCGCCUGUCCCGCCCAGAUCAAAAGGGCAACCAGUCUGAAUGGGAGGGGCUAGGUCUGGAGGUUAACUCCAUGGUUCAAGUCAAUGACCCUCCCUUAUAUGGUGUAAUUCGAUGGAUCGGGAAAAUAGCAGGCUUUCCAGAUCCAAUAGCAGGACUAGAACUGGUAAAUUUACAAUUGGAAUUCCGUAUUUUACAGAAGAAUGUUUUUCAGGGUCCCCGAGGGUCUCCCCUGGUAAAGGCACAGCCGCGUGGUGCGCAGGGGGGAGUCGCACAGUCAGGGGGUGCAGUGCAGGGUCUCCCGGGGUCAGUCUCUCCUUCAGUCGCUGUCGGGGUCAGUCGUCAGUCGCUGUCGGGUCGCUGUCGGGGUCAGUUCAGUCACUGUCGGGGUCAGUCUCUUGUUCAGUUACUGUCAGUGUCAGUUUCUUGUGUUUCAGCGUUUGCUGAGUGGACUAGCGAGGUCGUUGAAGACCACACUCCCCCCACUUUCGGAGAAGAAGCGAGGGAAAGAUUCAGAGGUUGGAAGAGAGGGAUACAGGGCAACUGCAAUUCCUGCUACCUCGAUGCUACACUAUUCUGUCUCUUUUCGUUCAGCUCAGUUCUGGACACAGUGCUCCUGCGCCCCAAAGGGAAGAACGAUGGCGAACUGUACCGGGAAACGAGGGCCCUGCUGAGGAGCGAGAUCGUCAAUCCGCUGAGGAAAUAUGGUUAUGUGUGCGCCACAAAAAUAAUGGCUCUUCGGAAAAUUCUGGAAGCUGCGGGGAAAUCUUCUGGAUUCACAAGCGAAGAAAAAGACCCUGAAGAAUUUCUCAACAAACUGUUCCAAGUCCUCAAAGUUGAACCACUUUUAAAAAUAAGGUCAGGUGACCAGAAACCCCAAGAUUGUUAUUUCUAUCAGCUGUUUCCAGAAAGAGAGACAAGGGUUCGAAUUCCUUCCGUCCAGCAGCUUCUAGAAUGGUCUUUUGUCCACUCCAACCUCAAAUUCAGUGAGGCUCCUUCAUGUCUCAUAAUUCAGAUGCCUCGAUUUGGAAAGGAUUAUAAAAUGUUCAGCGCGAUUCUCCCUUCCUUGCAGCUCGACAUCACAGACCUGCUGGACAACACCCCUCGCGAAUGUUCUCUCUGUCAGGGGCUGGCAUUGCUCGAGUGUAAGCAGUGCUAUGAAGAGACGGACAUCAAUCCUGGAAGGAUCAAGCAGUACUGUGCCACCUGCAGUAAACAGGUCCACCGACACAGGCAGAGGCUAUUCCACAAUCCUCAGCGGGUGCAUGCUCCGGAGGGGGAGUGGCCUGCCGAGGGGGAGGGGUCUCGUGUGAUGCCACGUGAGACUCUUGAUUUGUACGCUGUGCUGUGUAUUGAGACCAGUCACUAUGUCAGCUUCGUAAAGUAUGGAGAGAAGGAAACCGACUGGCUCUUCUUUGACAGUAUGGCAGACCGGGAAGGAGGAGAGAAUGGUUUUAACAUUCCCCAAGUCUCCCCGUGUCCCGAGGUCGCCCCCUAUCUUCAGAUGCCUGCAUCGCAGCUGAGAGAUUUUGAUUCGAGAUCCAUUCAGGGCUGUGCCAGGAGAUUGCUCUGUGAUGCGUAUAUGUGUCUGUACCACAGCCCAUCUCUCAGCCUCUACAAGUGAGCCACCAGCCUUUGAAGUGAUUGUCACUGACAAAAAUCAUUCCAUAAAUCUUUCUGCUCUUCCAUGAGCUGCAAAGAGAUUUCUUUAAUCAAGAUAAUGCCGAAUGUACUCCAAUGUAAACACUGUAUUACUUCAAUUUUGCGCCGUGGCGUUUUUUGAUCAAAAUGACUGUGGCACUUAAGAGAGUGGUGGCCUUUGUUAAUAAUACUAUGAUUUUCAAACGCUGCAAUAUUUUAUUACAUGAUUUAUGACAUUUUUCAAAUGUCGCGGUUGCU